UAAAAAAUAAUUAAAUAAAAAAUCUUUAAAAUAAAAAAGAAAUAAAGAAGAAGAAAACAAAAUCAACAACAAAAAACAAAAGACAUGCAAGGAGGCGUUCCUAUUAGAGUUUAGACAGUUGCUUCCCUAACCCAAUUAGGAGUUGGUUCUGAAUAUCUUAAGUUCAAUUAAACAAGCUUUUAGUCAGAUAGAACUAUUUGCAUUAAUGACAAGAAUGCACAAGGAUAAAACCAAUUGACAUAGAUUUAGGUUGACAACAACUUCAGCGUUAAUAGAAAACCCAAUAAAGCUGAGUACAGUUUAAACCAUCCUACAAAGAAUAUCCUUAGUAUGAGAGCUCCUAGUCCCAACGGAGUAGGCUGUUAUGUUUAAAUCUAUAACUUAGACAACAGAGAAAAGCUAAAACAUAUUGAUUUAAAUGAAAACAUUGUCUAUAUGACUUGGGUUAACAAUAACAUAUUAGCAAUGGUUACUCCCACCAAGGUUUAUCAUAGUGAUCUUACUUCCCAAGCUCCUUCAACAGUUGCUUUUGAAAGAGCUGGUAAUUUAGCUAACCCCAACUGUUAGAUUAUUGGUUAUAAAGUUAACACCUAAGGUAAUUGGGCUGCCUUAUACGGUAUCUCUUCUCCUGAUUAGAGACAAAUUAAUGGUGAUAUUCAAUUAUAUAAGCUUGAUGAAAACAGUUAAUAACCUUUAACUGGUCACUGCUGUUGCUUCGGAUAGGCUAAAAUUCAUAAUGAUACUCACCUUUCAGAUAUUUUUGCUUAUUAUGAUAGAAAACCUGGUGACACUGUUGCUAAAAUUCUUUUAAGAGAAUUAUCAGCUCCUCCUGAGGGUUUCUAAAAAUAUAAGGGAGCUGCUGAAUAUCCUUUCAAUGCCUAAUUCCCAGCUGAUUUCCCUAUUUAUAUGUAAGUUUGCACUAAAUAUGGUUAACUUUUCUGCUUGAGCAAGAGCGGUUUCCUCUUUGUUUAUGAAUUGACUACCAGCGCCCUUAUCUAUCAAUAAAAGGUUACUGAUUCUUCUAUCUUUGUUGCCACUCAAGACUCUAAAGAAGAUGGUAUCUAUGCUAUUGCUAAAAACGGUAAUGUAAUUCUUAUAUAAAUUGACCCUUCUUAACUAGUUCCUCACCUCUAAAGAUAAUAAAAUAUUCCUAAUGUCGUCUAAGUUGCCUUCAAGCUUGCUUCUAGAUAUAGACUCCCUGGAGCUGAUGGUAUGUUCAUGGAUUAAUUCAAUAGAUUUAUGAUGGCAGGUGAUUACGCUAACGCUGCUUAAAUUGCUGCUGGCGCUCCUGGUGAAUUAAUUAGAAAUGCUUAAACUAUUGCUAAAUUUAAAUAACUUUAAGGCACUCCCUCCCCUCUUCUUGUUUAUUUCUAAACUUUAAUCUAAAAGGGUACCUUAAACUAAUUAGAAUCUUACGAACUUGCUCAAUUCCUCUUGAGCUAGAACAAAAUGACUGCAGUUGAAAAGUUAAUGAAUGAAAAUAAGCUUGAAUACUCUGAAGGUUUGGGUGAUUUGAUUGCCACCUAAAAUCCUAACUCAGCUCUUGAAGUUUACAAGAAAUCUGGUUCUCACUUAAAGGUUAUUUCUACCUUAGGAGGUUUGGGUCGUAUUGAUGAGGCUGAUAAGUACGCUCGCUUAAAUAACUUAAGCUAAAUUAACUACACUGAAGUUAUUAGAUCCACUGUCCUCACCAACCCCUAAUAAGCAGUUACCCUUGCCAAGACUUAAGUUGCCACUAAUCCCAGCACUAAUGUUCAUCAAAUUGCUGAAAUCUUUGGUUAAGCUGGUAAGUUCAAGGAAAUGAGUGCAUUCCUUGUUGACUGUAUGAAGUAAAACAGACCUGAAGAUGGUCCUUGGUAAACUAAGGUCCUUGAAUGGAAUAUCAUAAAUGAACCUAACAUUGUUGACCCCAUUUUCGAUUUAACCAAAUGGAAUCAAUACAACAGAUUACGUAUUGCUUAACUAUGUGAAUAAAAGCAACUCUACUAGAGAGCCCUUGAAAAUUACUCUGACAUCAAGGACAUCAGACGUGUCUGCCUUAACACUCAUAUGAUUCAACCUGCUUGGCUCGUUAAUUAUUUCAGUAAUGUCCAAACUGAUUGGGCUCUUGCUUGCAUGUAAGAUUUAUUGAAACAUAACAGAUAAAAUCUCCCAUUAGUUGUUGAAGCUUGUGCCAAGAACUAUUAAAAAUUCACUGUUUAAAGCUGUAUCAAGUGCUUCGAAUCUGUUGGUUCAUUCGAUGGUGUCUAUACCUUCUUAAGUUAAAUUAUUAACUCUACUGAAGACAAGGAUAUCCAUUUCAAGUAUAUUGAAGCCGCCACCAAGUGCAACUAAUUGAGAAUUGUUGAAUAAGUUAUUUAGGAAAAGGCUAACUGUUAUGAUCCCGUUAAGGUUAAGGAUUUCUUAAAAGGCUUACGUUUACAAGAUCCUAAGCCUCUUAUCUUCCUUUGUGAUAUUCAUAAAUAUAUUGAUGAAUUAACUGCUUAUCUUUACCAAAACAAUUUCUUGAACUACAUUCAAAUUUACUUGUUCUAAGUCAAUCCUCAAGCUGCCCCCAUUGUCUUGGGAACUUUGAUUGAUCAAGAAUGUGAAGAAAGAUAAAUUCAAAUCAUUUUACAACAAAUUGCUGGUAAAUUGAUUCCUUAAUGCUACGAACCCUUAAUUGAAGAAUUCGAAAAGAGAAACAAACUCAGAGUUCUUGAAAGCUGGCUUGAAGGAAGAUGCAACGAAGGAAACUAAAUUCCUGCUAUCCAUAACGCUUUAGCUAAAAUUAAGAUUGAUACCAACUAGGACCCUGAAACUUUCUUACAAAACAACCAAUUCUAUGAUGCUAAGGUUGUUGGUAAGUUCUGUGAAGAAAGAGAUCCUCACUUAGCUGUUAUUGCUUACAAGAGAUCUUGGGGUCAAUGCGAUGAAGAAUUAAUUAUGGUCACUAACAAGAACGCUCUCUUCAGACUUUAAGCUAGAUAUUUGGUUGAAAGACAAUCCAAGGAAUUGUGGGCUAGCGUUUUAACUCCUGACAAUCCUUACAGAAAGUAAGUCAUUGAAUAGGUUGUUUAAAGUGCUCUUCCCGAAAGCAAGGAUGUUGACUAAGUUUCUACUGCUGUCAAGGCCUUCAUGGAUGCUGAACUUCCUGAACAUUUAAUUACCUUAUUGGAAAAGAUUGUCCUUCACAACCACGAAUUCGGUCAAUACAAGAAGCUCCAAAACUUAUUGAUCAUCACUGCUAUUAAGAGUGACAAGACCAAGGUUAUGGAUUACAUUAACCGUCUUGAUAACUAUGAUGGACCCGAAAUUGCUAAGAUUGCUUUGGGAGAUCCUUACUAACUCUAUGAAGAAGCUUAUAUUAUUUAUGUUAAGUUCAAUCAACCUGUCUCUGCCAUUGAAGUCCUUAUUAACAAUAUUGAUGACAUCCCUAGAGCUGCUGAAUAUGCUCAAAAGGUUAACAACCCUGAAGUAUGGAGCAAAAUUGCUAAUGCCUAUCUUGACCGUUCCCAAAUCACUGAAGCUAUUGAUUCCUACAUUAAGGCUAAGGACCACACUAUGUACCUCCAAGUCAUCAGUGCUGCCGAAAUCGAUGGUAAGUUCGAUCAACUCAUUAAGUAUCUCUUGAUGGCCCGUGAAAACAUUAAGGAUGCUUAAAUCGAUAACGCUCUCGUCUUUGCCUACGCUAAGACUGAAAAGAUUACUGAUCUUGAAAACUUCAUUUCUAAUUCCAAUUCUGUAGAUUACCAACGUGUUGGUGAUCGUUGUUACGAUGAAAAGCACUAUGAAGCUGCAAAAUUGCUCUUCACUGCUACUAAGAAUAAUGCCAAGAUUGCAUCCUGUCUCGUUAGAUUAAAACAAUUCUAACAAGCUAUUGAUGCUGCUAAGAAAGCUAAUACCCCCAAGACCUGGAAGGAAUUAACUAUGGCCUGUGUUGAAGCUGCUGAAUUUAAACUUGCUGCUGUUGCAGGUCUCAACAUUAUCAUUCAUCCUGACCAUCUUGAAGAAUUAGCUUAAUACUAUGAAGAAUUUGGCUACUCAAAUGAAAUGAUCUCUUUACUUGAAACUGGUAUGGGUCUUGAUCGUGCCCACGUCGGUAUCUUCACCGAAUUAGGUGUCCUUCUUGCCAAGUACAGACCUGAAAGACUUAUGGAACACUGCAAGCAAUACUACUCUAAAAUGAACAUCUCCAAAUUACUUAGAGUUUGCGAAAGAUACUAACACUGGUCUGAAGCUGUCUUCUUGCACUCUAACUAUGAUUAAUAUGAUAACGCUAUCAACAUUAUGAUUGAACACUCACCUGUUGCUUUUAAUCAUGAUCAAUUCGUUAAUCUUUUAAUUAAGGCUUCAAAUUACGAUUUAUACUAUAAAGCUAUUCUCUUCUAUUUAGACGAACAACCUGAAUAAGUCAACGAACUUCUUAGAUCUCUCACCACUAAGAUUGACUUGAGCAAAUGUGUCUCUGUCAUGAGAAAGACUGGUUAUAUUGCUUUGAUUACCCCCUUCUUAAAAUCCGUAUAAAAUGCUAAUAACAAGGAAGUUAAUGAAAUCUUGAAUGAAAUCUACUUAGAAAGCUUCGAUUACGAAAAUCUCCGUCAAUCCAUUACAACAUAUGAAAACUUCGAUCAACUCACUUUGGCUUAAAAUUGUGAACGUCACACUUUAUUAGAAUUCAGAAGAAUUUCUGCUUAUCUUUACAGACGUAUUCAAAAGUACGAAUUCUCUAUUGCUCUCUCUAAGCAAGAUAACAUUUACAGAGAUGCCAUCGAAACUGCUUAAGAAUCUGGUAAGGUUGAAUUAGUAGAAGAUCUCCUUAAAUUCUUUGUCUAAAAGGGUGAAAAGGAAUUCAUUACUGUUACUUUAUAUACUUGCUAUGAAUUAAUCAGACCUGAUUUGGCUAUGGAAUAUGCUUGGAGAUUUAACUUAUUUGAAUUUAUUAUGCCUUACUUCAUCUAAAUUACUAAAGAACUUACUUCUAGAGUUGAUACAGUAUAAAAGAAGCACGAAAAACGUGAAAAAGAAGAAGAAAAGAAAGCUAAUUAAUAAUUAAACUAAGGUAUGUUCAUGCCUACACAUGAUAUUUUACCAACUGCACUUAUGAUUGGACCUCCUCCCGGUUCUAUGCCUGGUAUGAAUAUGCCUCCUAUGGGUGGUAUGCCCCCUAUGGGUGGUAUGCCUCCAAUGGGCGGAAUACCUCCAAUGGGUGGAAUGCCUCCAAUGGGUGGUAUGCCUCCUAUGGGUGGUAUGGGUGGUUUCGGUACAAACCCCUUCGGUCCUUAAUGA